AUGUCCAAGGACCUCAAUCCGAAAACGACCUCCUACGAGUUUCUGGGUCCUCCAGGAGCACUGUUCAUCACCCUCGCGGUCCCAAUCACGACUUACGCGCUUUACUUUGGAUGCUCUGAGGCGUCGGGAGGGUGCCCGCCACCCAACUUCUCCCAAUGGUCACCAAUAAUCUCAAGGUCCUUGUCUAAUUCUGAGUGGUGGAAGGGGCUUUGGGACACUGAAGCUGCCCUCAUUUACCUCGCUUGGUACGCGUUUUGCGUCGCGACAUGGGGUAUUCUGCCUGGAGACAAAGUCGACGGUGUGGUGAUGCGCGAUGGGCAGAAGAAGCAAUACAAAAUCAAUGCCUUUGCUACUUUCUUGUGCGCCAUGGGCGUGACCUCGGGUAUCAUUAUUCGAUAUGGACCCCAAUCCUUCACUUUCUUCUACGACAAAUGGCUCGGAUUCGUGACCGCCUCGAUUGCUAUGUCAGUAUUCCAAGCCCUCUACGUUUACAUCGCGUCUUUCAAGGCAGGGAAGCUACUGGCCCUAGGUGGAAAUUCUGGGAAUUUCAUCUAUGAUUUCUUCAUUGGACGUGAAUUGAACCCUUCCAUUGGUUCCUUCGACAUCAAGUCCUUCAACGAGCUUCGUCCUGGACUUAUCUUAUGGGCGCUCAUUGACGUUGGCAUGGCCUGUGAGCAGGCUACGCGUCGUGGCGGCCUUGACAAGAUCACCGACUCCAUGUGGCUCGUCCUCGCGUUCCAGAUUUGGUACGUUGCAGAUGCGUUAUAUAACGAGACUGCCAUCUUCACCACAAUGGACAUCACCACCGAUGGUUUCGGCUUCAUGCUUUCCGUCGGUGACCUUGCUUGGGUUCCCUUUGUCUACUCUCUGCAAGCCCGCUACCUCGCGUUUAACCACGUGGAACUCGGCCCAGUGAAAGUCGCUUUGAUUUUGAUCGUCAACCUCACUGGUUACUACAUCUUCAGAGACUCGAAUGGCGAGAAGAAUGAUUUCAGGAAUGGAAAGAACCCAAAGAACUUGAAGUUCUUUACUACGAAGAGCGGUUCCAAAUUGCUUACAUCGGGCUGGUGGGGUCGCUCAAGACACCCGAAUUACCUCGGCGAUGUCCUCAUGGCUCUCGCAUGGUCUCUACCCACCGAGUUCAAUACCCCCAUCACAUACUUCUACGUUAUCUACUUCUCCGUCCUCCUCAUCCAUAGGCAGCGAAGAGACGACGAGAACUGCGAAAAGAAAUAUGGCGAAGACUGGGAGAAGUACAAGAAGAUGGUUCCCUAUCGCAUUAUACCUUACAUUUACUAA